AUGUCCACUGCCCUGCAACUUCUUGCAGAUUACUACGAAUCGGUUAUCAGAUGCGAGGAGAUCUACAUCGAGUUUAUCAGCGGAUUGGGCCCGAAUAAAACGAAAAGCGGCCAACAGUCGGGUUCAGUCGCGACCGAAGAAACCAUUAGCCUGAAGAAGCAAAUAGAACAAUUGGUCAGCGAUUCGGUCAAGCAGCGCCAGGAGAUAGAGAAGCUGCGUGAGCUCAAUAAAACGCAGCGGGCGGUGCUGGAAUCGAAGCUGGAGACUGCGAAGAAGCAAGUGGCGCGCGCUACAGGCUCGGCGAACGCGGGCGGAGCGCGGGCGGACGACGGGGGGGCCGCGCAGGAGGAGGGCGGGGCUGGGUUCCACCUUCUGUCGCCGCUGCGGCGCGGCGGACGGCGGGCGAGCGGCGGCGGGGCCGGCGCGCGGGCGGGCCUGCGGCUGGCGCUGGACGCUGGUAACGAGACGAUCUUCGACGGGGCGGAUGAGGACACGGAGGCCGUGCUGGGCGUUGAGGCGGUGGCGGGGGCAGGUGUGAGGGCGCGGGAGGUGGGACGGGCGCUGCGGUGCACCGGGGAACGCGACGUGGGAGGCAGUGACGGGCAGCCACACAGAAAGAAGCGGAAGCUACGGCGACAGCCGGUGGAGAAGGCUGUGGACGAGGGGGAUGAGGGUGCGGGGGGGCGGCUGAAGAGCACGCGAUGA